AUGACUCCUGCUGGUGCUUCCUCAAUCUCGGUCACCGUGCGAGUCAGGCCGUUUACCAUCAGAGAAGCUGCUCAACUGACCAGAUGCGAUGAUACGACCAUCUUUCUCGGUGAUGGCUCUUUGGCACCUGCGCCUACACCAAAACUCUCACAGAAGGGCCUUCGGCCGGUGAUUAAAGUCGUAGACGACAAGUGCUUAGUUUUUGAUCCGCCUGAAGACAAUCCCGUCCAGAAAUUUUCUCGAUCCCUUGUUCCCAGCGGCAAGCGAGUCAAAGAUCAGACCUUUGGUUUCGACCGCGUCUUCGACGAAAAUGCAUCACAAGGUGAAGUAUAUGAGACCACCACCAGACCGCUGCUGGACAGUGUGCUAGAUGGGUAUAAUGCCACUGUCUUUGCCUAUGGCGCUACUGGCUGUGGGAAGACGCAUACAAUCACCGGCACAGUUCAACAACCGGGAAUAAUCUUCAUGGCCAUGCAAGAGCUAUUUGAAAGAGUCGGGGAGUUGGCCACGGAUAAGGUUACGGAGGUCUCAUUGUCCUACCUCGAGAUAUACAACGAGACAAUCCGCGAUCUGCUGGUGCCUGGCACUGCGAAGGGCGGCUUGAUGUUGCGAGAGGAUGCCAAUCAGACAGUCUCCGUGGCGGGACUUUCCAGCCACCGUCCACAAAAUGUCCAAGAAGUGAUGGAUAUGAUCAUGAAAGGAAAUGAAUUGAGGACGAUGUCACCGACAGAAGCGAAUGCCACUUCAUCUCGAUCGCACGCAGUCCUCCAGAUCAAUGUGGCCCAGAAGGACAGGAACGCCAGCGUGGAAGAACCUCACACCAUGGCCACGUUGAGUAUCAUUGAUCUGGCCGGUAGCGAGCGAGCAAGUGCCACGAAAAACCGAGGUGAGCGAUUACUUGAGGGCGCCAACAUCAACAAGUCCCUUCUGGCACUUGGAAGCUGCAUCAAUGCGCUGUGUGACCCACGCAAGCGCAACCACGUUCCAUAUCGCAAUUCCAAACUCACUCGUCUCCUCAAGUUCUCACUCGGUGGCAACUGCAAGACGGUGAUGAUCGUCUGUGUGAGUCCUUCGAGCGCCCACUUCGAUGAAACACAGAACACUCUCAGAUAUGCCAACCGAGCCAAAAACAUCCAGACAAAGGUCACCCGGAACGUGUACAAUGUCAAUCGCCACGUCAAAGACUUUUUGGUCAAGAUCGAUGAGCAGAUGGCACUGAUAAACGAACUGAAAGCGCAGCAGAAAGACUACGAAGCUCUAGCAUUCACCAAGUUCAAAAAACAGAACGAGAGAAAAGAGUCCAUCGCCAGAGAAGGUGUGCAAAGAAUCCGCAGUGCUUACGAACAUUCUGCGGCCGAGAGACAAGAACGAACCAACAACAUGGUCAAGCUCAAACAGCUUGGCCGACGGAUAGCUAUGCUGUCAUCGUGGAUUGCAGCCUUUGAUACCGUUUGUGACAGCUUGGACGAAGACGACGUUAUGAAGAACAUGCAAGCUGUCAGGAAGACGGCUCAAGGGAUCUUGAUGGAACUGGAAAGUGGUCGACAUCAUUGCCAGCAGAAGGUGUUGAAGAGCAGCUGGGAUCGGGCAAUGAACACGGCCUUGGAGCAUAGUCUGCGACAGCUAAGUGAAGUUGACACUGGUGAUAUGAUCGACUCGGAAACUCUUCGACGAGAAGUUGAACUGCUCAGAUCAAGCGCGGAAAGAGAAGCUCUGGCAGCUGUUGCGGAUCAAGAUAAAUUCGGGGACGCAGCGACCAUCCAAGUUCUGCUCCAGGCCCAUUUCGAGACUGUUGCUGCAAUUGAGAGCCUGAACAGAAUGAGCGUCGACGAGGCAGUUGAGGCAGCAACCCGGAUCUUGGGUAAAAUGCUGAAGUCUGCUUCGAGCGCCGCCUCGUAUGUCGUCAAGCCUGACGGGAGUCUUGCACCUGUCGAGGCAUUCGCACCUAGCAAAGCAGGAACUCCCAAGAGGCGCAAGCAGAACGUCAACAGCUCUCUGCUGGAUGGCAGUCCUAUUCGCCCAAAGCCUGUGGCCAUUAUGGCUUCUCAAAUCGCCCCAUCCCCGGCCAAAGCGUCUCCUCGGCGGCGAGGGCUGCUAGGCGCUGCAAAGAAGGGCGUCCAGGUUUCCUUCACCCCUAAGAAGAGAAAGUCACCGAGUAAAGCGGCCAAACGGGUGGUGAGAUGGCGCGAUGAUACAGAAGAUGGUGCUCUAGCGGAAUUCGAGAAGACUCCCCAGAAAUUCACACCGUCUCCGAGAGAGGAGUCAACCACCGAGAUCGCUCUACCCCAAGUCUCAGAUCUGACUGCUUCGCUAGCUCAACUCAGCACUCAGUCACAGUCUCCCGGAUCUUCACCCAUUCCUGCACCGCCGGAGGUAACGCUGCCUGCCCAUUCCAGAAAGGGUCGUUUCGAGGCCGGAUUCUUGCUGAAAAAGUCUGACGGAUCACCGAAUUCUUCCAGCAUGCUUCCACCCAAAAUGACUCCGCUCUCAUCAUCUGACAGCGACGAGUCGCCCUUGAGAGAACUUGAUCCGAGCAGAGCGGCCAACCGACGGUCGAUAACGCCGAACCAGGCAGCGGGAAACGCUUGUGCUGACAAUGCCAGCAAUUCCUCUGCCUCGAACUCUGACACAGAAAACCACGGCCACCCGAACAAAGAUGAGACGAUGAAGAUUCGGGACGCAGUCAAGCGAUCCAACUCAGUGCGUCGAUCCGGAAUCAAUGGGUCACGUACCCAACGUCGCAGAUCACCCACUGCUGCAACAGCAGGUUCGGGCUCGCCUCCAAAUGACUCCAUGUUCGCUGCCGGCCACGUUAGGAGGAUGGUCAUGGGGAAGAACGAGAAGGAGAACGAGUGGAAGGUGGGAGUUUUGAGCCCUCGAGUACAAGGCAUCGUUAGCCAUAGCAGGAGCAUGGGAACACACAGCGGCAGGCGCACGACCUUGAGUGGGAUGGAUGUCAAGUCUACCCCCAGCACUGGGGAUCGCGCAGGGAUGAGGAUGAGCUCGAUCGCGCCCACACAUGGUCAUAGUCUUUCAACGUCCAGAGGCAGUCUGAUGCCUUCGGGGAAGACAGUGUGGCGGUGA